AUGGAAGGAAAUCCCGACUCACGUGACCAUCAGAUGACAAGAUGGCUCGCUGAGGAAGCAGCUGAGGUACUGAGGGCGACUGAGCAAGGGAGACAACCUACCUCUAUAUCUGCAACACAGCAUAACUACAGUGGUCCUGUAUCUCAGGUGGACUUGACCAAUGCUUCCAAUGUCUCCGUCUCCGUCGGGGAACAAGGAGCUAGAGGAUGUCUGUCACAAGAACGUUUCUGUCAGAAGGUGGGACGCGUAAAGGAGUAUUUUGUGGACAUCCAUGCCCUUCAGACAGCCAAACAACUCCUUGAGACACAUGGCCAUGUCACCGUCUGUGGAGCUCCUGGAGAUGGUAAGACCAGCAUUGCUCUGAUGAUCUGUGAGGCAUAUCAACAAAAGAAAUAUGAAACAGUGUUUGUGGAACACAUUGAACAUUUUGACGUUGAUACAAUUUCUAAAAGGCAGUCGCACAUGCUGGUUGUUUUCGAUGAUAUAUUUGGCUCUGUCACAUUCAGUGCAAAUGUGGAAAAAAUUCGUACAUUGUUCAGUGCCUUGGUUGAUGAUCUUGCUAAAACUGCUGCUGAUACAGAGUGGGAUUCAAAGAAGAAGAAAGAAAAACAAUCCAAAGCUAAGGAACAAUCCAAUGAAGAAGCCCCCAUCUACAGCCUGAAGCUUGUGUUUACAUCCAGGACAUACAACUGGAAGGAAGGAUGUUCAAAACUACAUCAGUACAAAGUGGACCUACUUAAAACAGAAGCUGUUCUUAAUAUGACCAAAGACUGUCUAACGGUUGAAGAGAAGAAACGUAUGUUACGUUCCUACAAGACCAACCAUCCUACAAGUGAUAUCUCUGAAAAGGAUAUUUGUAGCAUCACAGAUUCAAAAUACAAUAUGUUUGGAUUCCCUCUUGUCGGCAGACUCUUUUUCACCAAUGCAGUUUUCCAGAUGCACAUCCUGAAAUUCUUCAAUCACCCAUUGACCUACCUGAGAGGUGACCUUGACACCAUUGUCCGGGAAGAAAGCAACAGAUCGGCAGCCAUCAUCAUCCUCAUCCUGUGUGAUGGAAGUCUCAACCUUGUUUCUUUGCAGUCACGGAAGUCUGGAAAUGACAUGUUUGAUGCUGUGAAGGAAGUAGUUCCUUGUUGUACACGCACCGGCAUUGCCAAGGAGAUCAACAACUUUACUGGGAUCUACUGUACAGUCGAGGAUCACAUCGCAUCUUUCUCUCACCCCUCCAUAUAUGAUGCUGCAGCCUGUUCUGUAGGACACCUCAAUAUCGUGUUGCUGCUGGAACACUGCUCCCUGAAGUUCUUGUAUGAAAGAGUGAGGCUGAGUAAAGGUAUACACUCAUCAGACAUUGAUGAUGUGACAAACAUGAUCUACAUCACUCCCCAACUACACCAAACAGUAGUGAACAGACUGGUGGAAGGUAUACGACAAGGAUGCUUCAUUUGGACAGUAAAACAUCCAGUUCUCCGUGAUGAGAGGAUUGCCUCCCUAGUAUGGACAGAGAUUGAGGAUAACAUUGUUGAGAUUGUCCUACAAAAAAAUAAGGAUUCUGAAGAUUGUUUUUUGGUUUUGGUUUCCAUAUCUGAAAGUUACUUUCUAUUCUCAAAAUGUUUAGAUGUUGUCAGAAGACUGGGUGACACUGCACCUGAUCUAUAUGCUUGUGUGGUAGCCUGUGUUACACAUGGCAAACUGAAACACCUGGAACACCUGGUUAGAGUGAUGUGUCCACAUGGAGGAUUCAAUGUUGAAUAUAGCAUAGAUGGGCAAACACUCCUGCUCAUGGCUGCCAAGUCAGGACAUACAGAGGUGUUCAACUUUCUCAGACGAAAAGAUGCUGAUACUUCAGCGAGGGACUGGGAAGGAAAGACGUGUUUGCAUUAUGCCUGUGAAUCAGGAAACAUGGCCUUGACAACAAAGGCGAUUGAAACGUGUCCUGUUUUAAUAAAUUUAAUGAGUUACGAGGGUUUAACACCUGCAAUGCUUUGUGCCAAAGCAGGACACCUUGAUAUCCUGAAGUUCCUUAAACAAAAAGGGGCCGAUCUAACGCUUACCAACAAGACAGAUUGUUUGCAUUUAGCGAGUGAAAAUGGCAAUCUGUCAACUGUGAUAUUUUUAAUUUCAUUGAAAGCAUUUGAUGUGAACAAGAAGAAAACACGUUUGAGGCAAACAGCAGCUAUGAUGGCAGCAAAAGGAGGACACUAUGGUGUUUAUCAGCACCUUGUAUCUGAGGGCGCAGAUCUGACCCUUACUGAUGAAGACGACAAAGACUGUCUGAUGUUGGCUUGUGAAGGAGGUACCAUAUUUAUUGUAAAACACAUCCUAUCCAUGAAAACAUGUGACAUCAACAGACGGGGAGGAUAUAGGAAACAAACACCAAUUAUGAUGGCAUUGGAAGAAGGACACUAUGAUGUAUAUCAUCUCCUUGUAUCUGAGGGUGCAGAUCUGACUCUUACUGAUGAAUACAACAAAGACUGUUUGAUGUUGGCAUGUGAAGGAGGUUAUAUUUCUAUUGUGAAACACAUCCUAUCCCUGAAAACAUGUGACAUCAACAGACGGGGAGGAGAGCUGAAACAAACACCAAUGAUGAUGGCAUUGGAAGAAGGACACAAUGAUGUUUAUCAUCUCCUUGUAUCUGAGGGUGCAGAUCCGACCCUUACUGAUGAAUACAACAUAGACUGUCUGAUGUUGGCAUGUGAUAGAGGUAAGAUAUCUAUUGUGAAACACAUCCUAUCCCUGAAAACAUGUGACAUCAACAGACGUGGAGGAUGGCGGAAACAAACACCAAUUAUGAUGGCAUUGGAAGAAGGACACUAUGAUGUAUAUCAUCUCCUUGUAUCUGAGGGUGCAGAUCUGACUCUUACUGAUGAAUACAACAUAGACUGUUUGAUGUUGGCAUGUCAAGAAGGUAACAUAUCUAUUGUGAAACACAUCAUAUCAAUGAAAACAUGUGACAUCAACAGACGGGGAGGAGAGCUGAAACGAACACCAAUGAUGAUGGCAUUGGAAGGAGGACACUAUGAUGUUUAUCAUCUCCUCGUAUCUGAGGGUGCAGACCUGACCCUAACUGAUGAAUACAACAUAGACUGUUUGAUGUUGGCAUGUGAAGGAGGUUAUAUUUGUAUUGUGAAACACAUUCUAUCCCUGAAAACAUGUGACAUCAACAGACGGGGAGGAUAUAGGAAACAAACACCAAUGAUGAUGGCAUUGGAAGAAGGACACAAUGAUGUUUAUCAUCUCCUUGUAUCUGAAGGUGCAGAUCUGACCCCUACUGAUGAAUUCAACAUAGACUGUCUGAUGGUUGCAUGUGAAAGAGGUAACAUAUCUAUUGUGAGACACAUCUUAUCCCUGAAAACAUGUGAUAUCAACAGACGGGGAGGAGAGCGGAAACAAACACCAAUGAUGAUGGCAUUGAAAGGAGGACACAAUGCUGUUUAUCAUCUCCUUGUAUCUGAGGGUGCAGACCUGACCCUUACUGAUGAAUACAAUACAGACUGUCUGAUGUUGGCAUGUGAAAGAGGUAACAUAUCUAUUGUGAGACACAUCCUAUCUCUGAAAACAUGUGACAUCAACAGACGCGGAGGUGAGGAGAAACAAACACCAAUGAUGAUGGCAUUGAAAGGAAAAUACUAUGAUAUAUAUCAUCUCCUUGUUUCUGAGGGUGCAGACCUGUCCCUUGUUGAUAAGAACAACACAGACUGUCUGAUGUUGGCAUGUGAUAGAGGUAACUUAUCUAUUGUGAGACACAUCCUAUCCCUGAAAACAUGUGACAUCAACAGACGGGGAGGAGAGCGGAAACAAACACCAAUGAUGAUGGCAUUGGUAGAAGGACACAAUGCUGUUUAUCAUCUCCUUGUAUCUGAGGGUGCAGAUCCGACCCUUACUGAUAAAUACAACACAGACUCUCUGAUGUUGGCAUGUGAAAGAGGAGACAUAUCUAUUGUGAGACACAUCCUAUCCCUGAAAACAUGUGAUAUCAACAGACGGGGAGGAGAGAAGAAACAAACACCAAUGAUGAUGGCAUUGAAAGGAGGACACAAUGAUGUUUAUCAUCUCCUUGUAUCUGAGGGUGCAGAUCUGACCCUUACUGAUGAAUACAACACAGACUGUCUGAUGUUGGCAUGUCAAGGAGGUUACACAUCUAUUGUGAGACACAUCCUAUCCAUGAAAACAUGUGACAUCAACAGACGAGGAGGAGUGAAGAAACAAACACCAAUGAUGAUGGCAUUGAAAGGAGGACACUAUGAUGUUUAUCAUCUUCUUGUAUCUGAAGGUGCAGAUCUAACCCCUACUGAUGAAUGCAACAGGGACUGAUAGUCUGUAUUGGAUAUUGAAUGGGAAUGUCAAUCAAUUUGGGAACAAGGUUUUGGACAGUGUGUGUGAGAGCUAGGUGGUGAACACCAAUGGGCCCUGCCAUGACACCACCCGGACACCUUCGUGUCGGCUUGACACUGUUAUGUUUGUUGAUCACCCUACUUGUUGAGAGUUGGAAUAGAGAGGUAACACAUCUGUAGUGAAACAUGUCUUGUCAAUGAAAGCAUGUGACACCAACAGACAGUUUGUUGAUCACCCUACUUGUUGAGAGUUGGAAUGUAGGGAGGUAUCACAUCUACAGUGAAACAUGUCUUGUCAAUGAAAGCAUGUGACACCAACAGACAGUUUGUUGAUCACCCUACUUGUUGAGAGUUGGAAUGUAGGGAGGUAUCACAUCUAUAGUGAAACAUGUCUUGUCAAUGAAAGCAUGUGACACCAACAGACAGUUUGUUGAUCACCCUACUUGUUGAGAGUUGGAAUGUAGGGAGGUAUCACAUCUAUAGUGAGACAUGUCUUGUCAAUGAAAACAUGUGACAUCAACAGACAGCUUGUUGAUCACCCUACUUGUUGAGAGUGGACAUGUAGAGAGGUAUCACAUCUUUAGUGAAACAUGUCUUGUCAGUGAAAACAUGUGAUAUUAACAGACAGUUUAUAGUCCUCUUUGUCCGAGGGAGAGGCGGAUCUUCUGAUUUACCCGAGGAAAUAAACUUGUAUAUCCUUUUCUGUGUGAUAUCUUGUGGGAUUAACAGUGUGAAAGUUCUGUCAAUGACUUAUUUUCGUUGACAUUGUUAUAUUGUCGAUAUUUGUUAUGUGGGGUUCCACUUGAUUCAUGAUAAUGAUUCAUGGAGUUGAUAUAUGUGUAUCUACAGUUUGUACAUACAGUUCAAUUCACAUAGUUUGCAGAAGUUCGAUCGUCCCUUCUGCUUGAAUAGCCCACGAGCCAGCUCUGUGCUCUGUGCUCUGUCCAUGCUUUUAUUCCCAUUCUUUUUUCGAGGGAGCGACGGUUGCUGGAACAGCCCACGAGCCAGCAGUCUGUUCUGCUCUGUGUUCGUGAUCACUUACGUUCUUUAUGCUUUUAAACAUAGCAUGUGGUGACCCAUUCUCUGUUCAUACAGGCUAAAAGUAUAGAUCCUAAAUGUCAUUGGCUAAUAUAAGUAUAAAUGCACAGUUAAUAGUUAUACGUGAGUAGUAACAAUUCAGUUGAAAUAGUGCACACUCAAAUGCGAUUGUGUGGACGCCUAUCAAGUAUAGACAAUUGGGAUUAGUAAGUUCCUGGUUGAAGGGUGAUAGCCAAGGGGCAUUUAGCACACGAUAGAGUUUUGUUUACAACCCUGACAUCUCUGCAUGGUGUUUCUGAACACUUAUUAAAAUCAGAACAAAAUUAAAUAGUUUGAUAAUAAUCACGAUAAUAUUAACUGCAUUACCUGAAUUAAUUAUACUUGAAAGAGCACUAUGCUUAUUGUAUGAGGGGAUGUGUUAUCAAAAAUGUGCCUCAAUUUCUAAAUUGUACCAUGAUUCACAUUCUCCCAAAACAGAAAAGGUGUCCAGACCUGAAACCUAUGAACUGUAACAUGGACUCGUUGGCACAACAUAUGUGUUGUAUAACAUUGUAUAUAAACCAUUGCGCCAUUGUCUCAUUUGUCUCUUAAAACAAGUUACUGCUGGUGAAGUUAAGACAACACACAUAAAUGAUUGUUUCUCUAUUUUGUGGAUCAGGGUCUACAGGUCUAUUUUAACAUGAUGUAAAUUAUGUAAUCUGGUACGUGUGACAUGCAUUUGAUGUAACCUAGUUUGUAUAGGUAUUAAUCAUGUGGUUUAGAUAGCAUUGUACGGAUAUUAAUCAUGUGGUGUAUAUAGCGGUGUAUGGAUAUUAAUCAUGUGUAUAUAGCAUUAUAU